UGAGUGACAAGGAAAGGUCGUUCCACCACAACGGACCCAGAACGGAGAACCUCCGAGCUUUACGUUGUACCAUGUAGACACAGUUGGGAGGAUGCAAAGGAGCCAAUCAGAAAGAAAGAAGAAGUUGGGGGAGUAAAGAAGAGUGGAAAGGAACAAGGAAGGGUGACGUAUGUCUUUUCGUCAUGGAUUUCGACACAGGCGGCUCUUUGGUCUCCCCGACGGGACCUCAGGUGAAGGUGCUUGCCUGAGGUGAGGCUGGUGUGAGGGAGGGCCACCCUGCCAGUAAGGCCCAACAGGGGGAAACGAGCGAGAGGAAGGGAGGAAAAUUUGCUAAAAUUCCUCUGGUGUCACAACACCAGCGGCCCUCCCUUCCUGUGAAAUUAACGCUCCUAUUUCCCUGAAUCCGCUCUGACUCACUUUUACUCACACAUACUGGCACACGCAGUCAAAAAUGCCAGCGCGCCUGAUAACGCGGGGCCCUUUACGUCCAGAAAGCGCCGAUAAUUGCCGCGCCAAAGACUCAACUCGCAUGGGGGUGGUUUUUAACGGCACGUUCCUAGAACUCUCAAAUCCUGCCAAGGUGCGCUACCGUAUUUCGGCUCAAGCACGCCACAAUAAAUCGAACCGAUCUCCGUCAACAACGCAGCGCGGAAUACCGUUUCACAACUCUGCAACUGUGGCUAAAAGCAGAACGCUUCCGCGCCACUCGCGUACGGCACCGAAAAAGGGAACACAAGUCAAAUUCAAGAAGGGUUCAGGGUUAAUUGUAAUUUUCCGAGGUCCGCGGAUCUGAAGAUGGAACGAAUUUGGCGUUCGUGUGAGAUUCCUGUCGUUUACUCCAUGGUGACCGAGGCAAAUGCUUAAAAAUUCUUGCUCAUGAAUGGCAAAGAAGGGGGGAGGGAAAGACCGUGGAUGAACCAGGAAGGAGCAGAGGGUAGGAGUGAGAGGAGCUCUGGGGGGGACACCACGCGGGAAGCGCUCCGGGGGAAAAUGGGAUUGCGGAGGGAAAACCCCGACGCUCUCCCCUCCACGGUGUCUUAACAUUUACAUUCCACUGCAGUGAGCGAACAGAAAACAGCGACGCGGAGACACGGACAAAGAAUGGAGCCGCAGCUUCAAAGACGCAACGGAAAGGGAGGACGAGCGAAGUUACGAGAAGAGCCACAGGGGGAAAAAAGGAGGAAGAAGGAAGGUGAAAUUUAAAAAAAGGCAAUUUUUCUCCAAAGACAUUAAAAAAGUUUUCUUGGUUUUUGUUUUUUAUUUGCAGAUAAAAGGUUCGAACUGUUUUCGAUGAGGCACUGUGACAGCUGACACAGUAAAGGCUUGGACUAAACCACACUGCCAAGCCUUCGGUAAAGAAAAAAUAAGAAUGCAGCAAACGUGAGGAAGCAAUAAAGCACUGAUAACUAUCAGAGCAGCAGAGGCACGAGAGGUGCGUUGGGACUGAACACCGGGACGCCGAAGAAGCUCUGCGAGCGCGAGACGUUCUGUUCUUUGCAUGGAUUUCGUAGGACUUACUGACAGUCCCAAAGCAAGAGUGGCGAGAGUUCAAGGGUCACCUCCGCACGUGCACACGCAGACAGGAGCACACGUAGGCGCACGCUCGUAGACGCGGACUGAAGCGCCGGCAGCCUUCGCACGCAGGGCACGCGCCUAAGUGGAUCCGCACACUCAGAGGCAGACGUGACCCAUGGCAGCAGCGGACGGCCGCGGGGGAGCGGGACAAAGCCCCAGGCGCACCCUGGCCAAGCUGAGCCUACAGGUGAGCUCCCAGCCCAUGACUGCUGCCGACCACCGGCUGCUGGACAAAGUCCUAAAGAAGCUGGCCAAGCUGCAAAGCCUGUGCACCAACCCGCGACUGGCCCUGAAGAACAGUCCGCCCUACCUGCCCGACCUGGUGUCCCAGACUGCUGCCCUGCUUACCAAGGUGUGGGGACCCUACAGGGAGGUCAAGGCCAACGGCACUGGGGGCUACAUCCCACGAGGCGACGAGGGGGAGUACCUCAAGGUCCACGCCAAACACCUUCUGAACAAGUCGGACAGAGCCAUUCUCCUCUUUAAAGAAGGCAGGGAGAAGAUGUUUCAGGAGACAUCCACUUACAGGAGACUCCUGACCAAGCUGUCGCUGCUCUUCAGUCACAUGCUUUGUGAAAUGCGGGCCUUGUUCCCCGGAGGCCACUUUCAGGGCGACAUCUACAGGCUGACGAAAGCGGAAGCUGGCGAGUUCUGGAGGAAGGCGUUCGGAGACCGGUGCAUCGUGCCGUGGGGCAUUUUUAAGCAGGAGCUGCGCAGGGCUCACGCAUUUGAAGACGGCAUGGAAGCCGUGGCCUUGAAGUCCACGGUGGACCUCACCUGCAACGACCAUGUGUCAGUCUUCGAGUUUGACAUCUUCACCAGGCUCUUCCAGCCAUGGUCAUCGUUGCUGAGGAACUGGAACCAGCUGGCCGUAACUCACCCUGGCUACAUGGCGUUUCUCACCUACGACCAGGUCCGGGCCCGCCUGGGGAAUUAUUCCCGCCAGCCGGGCAGCUAUAUCUUCCGCCUGAGCUGCACCCACAUGGGCCAGUGGGCCAUCGGCCAUGUGACCUGGGACGGCAGCAUCGUGCAAACGAUCCCGCAGAACGUGCCUCUCUGCCAGGCUCUGGUCAAGGGUUUCCGUGAGGGCAUCUACCUGUACCCGGACGGCCGAGACAGCAACCCUGAUUUGACCGGUCUGUGUGAGCCAGCCUCCAGAGCCAAAGUCAGGGUCACUCCGGAGCAGUACGAGCUCUAUUGUGACAUUGACAGCACCUUCCAGCUGUGUAAGAUCUGCACAGAGCGAGACAAGGACACGCGCAUCCAGCCGUGCGGACACCUGAUCUGCAAGCUCUGUCUCAACGGGUGGCGGAGGUCCGAUGGCCAUACCUGCCCAUACUGCCGCUGUGACAUCAGAGAGACAGAGUCCAUCUGCAUCGAGCCCUUCCUGCCGGACAGGAGGUCAAAUGCAGGAGCAAGGGAAGAGGUUGAAGACGAGGAUGAGGAUGAUGACGAUGAUGACUUGGAGGAUGUGGAGCUGGUGAUGAAGCAGCUGGCCUCCAUGAGGAAGCUGUCAUCUCUGGAGGGCGCACAGCCUCCUAUGGGCCUCAGACCCCCACCUCUGCCCCCAAAACAGACCUGCUACUCCCCCAGCCCAAUCCAGAGACGUACCUUCCAACUGCCCACUGAACACCUUCCUGAAGAAGCCCACUCUUCUGCUCAGGUUGCCUAUAGCCCCCGUGUGGAGAGACUGCGCCAAGAGGCCAUCGCCAGAAACAGAUGUUCGUGGGACGACAGCUCCAGCAGCGAAGAGGAGAGCUCCAGGAGUUACAGCCAAAUACCGCGUUCUCAUUCCAGCAGUGAUGAGAUCAUCGCAGGGAUGAGCAGGUCAUCGUCCUCCCAGUCAGGUCUCGCGUUCUGGUUGGGGUCUUCGGUGGAGGGCAAAGAAAAGGAAGCAGAAGAGAGGUCGAAAGAGAGGUACAGGCGGAGAGAGAUGGAGCGAGCUCUGUCAUCUUGACAUCGCCCAGAGACGUCGAGUUGUUGGGGAGACUUGCAGGCACCAUUGGGGCUACUGCACUGGUGUGGAAGGACCAAGGAGUCUAUAAUCAGAGUCACCCAGAAUGCUCAAAUGUGAUCCUGUCCCCAUCAAAUUCAGUGUUGAAAGAGCAAACCCUCACAUUCAGUGCUGUCUCUGCAAUAUAUUGCUGUGUGUUAUAGCUUUGGAUUAUUAACUCAUUCUACGCACACCGCAUCGUGAUGGCGGUGCGAUGGUUUAAAUGCCCUUUGCAGAAGUUCUAACAAAACUCUGGAAAGGCUAUAACUGACUUAUAUGCAAUAAACUUUAUUUUGU